AUGUCAGGACCAAGUAAUGCAAAUCAUAACAACAACCUUAAUCAACAAUCGUCACCACUUCAACACGAAAUUCAAACGCCACCAUCACAAUCAGAAUCUCAUAAUCAACAAAUACCGUAUUUUCAUGAUCAACAGCAAGUACCUUUGAAAAUACUUGCCAUAGGAUCGGCUUAUGAGGACACGAUAUUGUAUGUGGAUAAGUUCCCUCCAGAGGACGGUAAACAACGUGCUCAACGGGUAGAAAAACGCAGAGGAGGUAAUUCGGGUAAUACGUUGACGAUAUUAUCACAAUUUCCAUUGGUGCGAGCUAGUUUUAUGGCAUCUAUGGCCAGCAAGGAGGCUUCAACUUUUAUACUCCAAGAUUUCAAUGCGCAUAAUAUAAAAACAUCAACAUGUAUAUUUAGAGCCGAUGCAAAACAUGCACCGGUUGCUUAUAUCAUUCAUGCUGAUAGUACCAGUUCUCGAACAAUCAUAAACUAUAAUAGUAUAGAAGAAUUAACAUUCGAGGAAUUUAAAAGAAAGUUUGAUCAGGCAUGCGCCGAAGAAAUAGCUAGAUCAAAUGAAGUACCAUUUGACUGGAUUCAUUUUGAGGGACGUAACGCCGCCGAAGAGACUAAGAUGAUCGAUUAUAUCGAUACCAUGAUAUGGCGGGAAAAAACAGUAAUAAGCGUGGAACUAGAGAAGCCUUACAGAAAAGGUCUAGAAACGUUGAUGCAUAGAGCUGAUGCGUUGUUUUUUUCGAAAGUUUUUGCGGAAGGUAAAGGAUAUGAUAAUGCCGGUGAUUUUCUGCAGGUGAUGGGACCAUUCUGCAAGGACACAGCCCAUCUGUUUUGUUCAUGGGGAAGUACAGGAGCAAUGUGUUAUCAUAAUCCUUCCAAAAAAUUGCACGCGACUUCUGCAUUACCAAUACCAAAUGUAAUCGAUACAGUCGGAGCCGGUGAUACUUUCAUUGCAGGUGCAAUAUACAGUCUAUCGCAAAGAAUGUCGCCAGAAGGAUGUCUGAAAUUUGCAUGUGAACUGGCUG